GACGUGUGCUUUCCAGUGGAGCUUUUCAGCUGUUUGUAAGCUGCGUUACUUUUUCAAUUAAACCAUGGUGCUGCUAGAAAACGACGCGUUUCUGACAGAGCUCACUCGCCUGUUCCAGAAAUGCAGGACCAGCGGGAGUGUAGUGAUCACCUUAAAGAAAUAUGAUGGUAGGACAAAGCCAGUACCAAGGAAAGGCCAACCAGAGACGUUUGAACCAGCUGACAACAAAUGUCUUGUCAGAGCAUCAGACGGCAAGAAAAAAAUUAGCACAGUGGUCAGCACCAAAGAAGUAAUAAAAUUUCAGAUGGCAUACUCAAACUUGUUAAGAGCACACAUGGACGGCCUGAAGAAGAAAGACAAGAAGAGUAAAAGCAAAAAGACUAAAGCUACACAGUAAGAGACACUAAAAUCUUAAGAGAAAGGGAAUGUUGAUUAAGCAAGGCCACCUGCAGAGACAUCCAAAUACCCACCAAUGCCCGACCUCUACAACAGCAGUAGGAUACUAUUAUCAACUUUACCUUCCUGUAAGUGACACGUGGCACGUAAUAACGGGAAUGGAGGUUGAUUAUCCUGUUUAAGUAUUACCUUGACGUCUCAUUUUUGAUAAAAAAAAAAUCAUGUCUGUGUGGAUGGAUAUGGUUUUAUGGAUUUUGCCACCGGGCAUAAUUUGGUGAGGUGGUGCCAUGUGAUUUCACUGCCUUUGACUAUGGCUUAUUUUUAAACUGUAUUUUGAUUUCUGAAAGUUAAAUGUGUUAAGAUUAGUGAAAUUUAAGCUAUCCUUCUCUUCAUAACAGAGGCUUCUGUAGAUGUCCAGGCUUCUUAUUUUCUGUUCAUUUGUACAGACCAGGUUUUGUACUGUAAGUGUAUUUUUAUUUUGGACAUUACUUCUUUAAACCAGAGCCAGACAAAAUGAAUACUGUCUGAAAAUCUUCUUUCCAUUUACUGUGCCUUGGACAGAACAUCCUCUCCGGAAUGGAUUGCACAUCUGUAGUUAGGUUUGUCAUCCAUUUGGCUUAAAAGGUAUCACAUUAUUUUUGAAAAGGUUGUAAUUUAUUAAGUUUAAAAUAAGAUCUGUCUAGUAUUUGCCAUAUGCGUAUGUGCGUAAUAUUUAGUUAGUGUAUAUAAUUUCAACAGAAUAUAUUAGUUAGAAUUUGGCUCUUUAACUUACAAAGAAUGCAAUGCAAUGUAAACCCCUCAGUUGGAAGAAAUAAAUACAUUAUAUACACAACUACAUCAUGUGGAAAGUGAUUCUAAAGCUGAUGUUUUUAAAGUACAGUGUUCCUCUUGUCCGGUUGCUCUCUGGUAGAGCCGAGUGUAGCGUUUCGUUUAGCCUCCUCUUCCAUCGCGUAGCCCUGCUGCAUCAGCCGAGUUACGUACUGGAAUAGAGUCUGUAAAACAUGUACAAUGCUCAGAAUUUACUGUAGUACUUUUAAAAAGCAAUCAAAGCAACAAAUCCCUUUUCUUUAUAAAAUAUGUAUGUGGUAGUUACAGUCCAGGCUUUAGUAAACCCAUUUAUUUAGUAUGCACAGUUACACAGUUAUUUAUUAGAAAUGUGUCUGACUAGUUCAUUUGUAAGACAGGUAUGUCUCGGCCCGUGCCAACUAUUAACAAUAUCACGUUAAUUUGCAAUAAAUUGUUGCCAUUUUUAAUUAA